AGGGCGCAUGCGUCUCUUUCAGGCUUGGGCGGCCAGGUGGAUGUCUGCGCCGUUCGAGGAGCGGAGCGGGCUCGUGCCCUGCGCUACUCCCUGGGGCCGCUGGUACCAGACCAUGGAAGAGGUCUUUGUCGAGGUGAACGUGCCGCCAGGGACCCGCGCGCGGGACGUGGAAUGCAGCCUGAAGAGCCGGCACCUGGCUUUGGCCGUGGCGGGGAAGGAGGUGCUCAAGGGUAAUCUAUUUGAUUCCACAAUAGCUGACGAGGCAACCUGGACACUAGAGGACCAGAAAUUGAUACGAAUCACCUUGACAAAAACCAACCGUGAUGCUGGCAACUGUUGGAGUUCCCUGCUGGAGAAUGAGUAUGCUGCUGAUCCUUGGGUCCAAGACCAAAUGCAAAGGAAGCUUACACUGGAAAGGUUCCAGAGAGAGAACCCUGGAUUUGACUUCAGUGGAGCAGAAAUUUCUGGAAAUUAUACCAAAGGGGGGCCAGACUUUUCUAGUCUUGAAAGAUAGUGGUGUCCUUUCAGCUAUAUAUCCUCCAGUUGCUACAAAAUGACAAAGCCUUAAGCUUCAGAAUAGCUUAUUGGUUUUUCUGGACAAAAACCACAAACAACAACUUUUAUCAAAAAUUGCACUAACAGAGUAAUUAAAAAUAAACAUUUCAUGCAUACUCAGAUCAAUAUUAUUUGUAUCGUGACACUUUAAUCAAGGUUAAGAGCACACAUUUUCAGCUGCUACAAUUUAAGCUGUUUAUUUAUAUGCUAGUAAUACUUUUUUGAAAGUCUGAGACCUGGCUUAUUCUUUGGCAACGUGGAUGAGUAAAAAAAAAAUUACUACCUAAAUGCUCCUGGCUGUAAUUACAACUGUAGCUUUUCUCCAGUGGCAAAUUGCUAAAAUAGACUUUGAAAUAUGUUUUCAAAUACACUGUUGUGUGGUAUAAGCACAUUUUGAAGGCUAAUGAUUAAAAGCAGAUUUACUAUCCUGAAAAAGUCGUAUUAAGCCAACUCAAGCACUAUAUUUCACAUAGAAGUCUUUAAAACUAGUAAUGUUAAAAUCUGGUAUUAUAAAUACCUUCCAUAAUUUUGUGCCACACUGUACUGUCAGUCAAAUCACAACAUCUAGUAUGCAUCCUUGAGUAAAGCAGUUUAGAAUUCAUAAAUUUAUCCCAUGACAUUCUUCAUAAGAAUAGGAGUUCCAGUUUUACUGUCAUGAGAUCCAGAUAACCAUUUUGGACACUUUAAAGAGCUGUUUCAUGCAAGGAAUAUUUUUAACUUCUGUUGUUUUGACAACAGGCUCCUUUGUGCUAUACAUUAAACUGUCUGGAACACUUGGCAAGAUUAUUAAAAAUAUGUGUAACUUCUCAUGUGACAUUGUUCUGAAUGCCCUUGGAUUUGUGGAUAUUUUUCUGCAGCCCAAGAUAUGAUUUAUUGUCAAGUUUGUAACACUCUUGUCAAAAAGAUCUGGGUUGUAUCCAGCGAUGUUCUUGGCCUUGGCCACCCAAACAGUUCCCUUCUGCAUCCCUGAUUGGCUCCAGCAUGCUAGGGGAUAUAGAACUGGGGACAGGACAAAACAGUGAGGUGAAUUCUCAUUCAGUGACUGGAAAUCCGUUUGGAAAACAUUGCAUAUACCUUUUAUUUAUAUAUGUAAGAAUAAAGUACAUGCUUCCUAUGUAAUUAAAAAUUCUAACAGUUGUACCACCUUCAAAAGGAUGGUUAAACAUAAGACGCUUCUGCUUUGUGCAUAUACACACUCAUCCAAUUAACAAAAUAAAAGUUAAUUGUAAUCAGA